AUGUUUCAUUUAUGCAGAGAUAAGUACUCUCUGAAAAGGAGACUGAGGAUCAGAACUGUACAACUCGAUACGGCUCGCAAUAUCAGUGAAAUUUAUGAUAGUGUUGAUCCUGAAGUUGUUCUCUCUAUACUUGUUCAUGAGGUUAUUUUGUCCUCUUUGGAGAAUGGAGUUAGAGAGGGUAGAAUCCUGCUACACGAGUGGCUUGUAAAUCUAACUGCUCAGUAUAAUGAUACUUUUAAGAUUGCUGAGUACAAGAGAGGGGGUUUAACGACAUCUCAGUUUGAUGUUGCCUUCACCCAGUGCCCUCAGCUGCAACAUUUGCCCCGUUUAGUCUUUGCUUUGCUCCGAAAUCCUCUUCUUCGCUUUCAUGAAGAAGGUGUCCAUCCAGACUAUCGGAUCUAUCUUCAAUGUCUAUUCAGUGCUCUGGAACCUUCUUCACUCGCCCUUGCCAUAUACCCAUUGCUGGCAUCUUAUGAAACACCGGAUAGACAAGCAUUUCCUCGCCAUUCGCUGAGUCGUGCUGCAUUACUAACAAGUGGUAGCCCGAUAUUUUUACUUGAUGCCUUCACAACUCUCAUUGUGUUCUAUUCAUCUACAGCUGACUCUGCACUUCCUUUUCCUCCACCUCAGAACUGCCUUCUGAGAACCACCAUUAACAAACUGAAGCAAGGGCGGAUUGUCACCCCUAAACUCAUAUUUAUCAGGGGAGGGCAAGAUGAUGCAACCGUGUUCGAAAAUUACCUUAUAGAGGAGCAGGAUGUUGAGGGGAGUGGCAUCACGAGCGUCAUGGGUUUCGUCUCGUUCCUGGAUGAGAUCAACCGUGAUGUGGUGGAGGGUUUUUCCAUUGGGAAAUGCAGCUUAGGUCUGUUUGAGUUUGUGCGAAUAGUGCCGUAUGCUUAG